GGAAACGCUCCUACUUGCGCGUGAAGUUUGACGCUGCUUAAUUACUCUGAGUUGUUGCAAGGUAACUUCCUCCUCCGAUCCUGACUCCUUUUUUUCCUUCGUGGAGAGAGACUUGUGAAGCCCAGGCAGUGCUAAUGUGUGGAGAGACACCCCGAAACAAAAUGCAUGUUCAUCUUUUCUGUCUGAACACAACUAACGAGUGAAUUUAACACUUUUUUUUCUACCACCGAGCGAGCGACGGACGAUGAUGUUGGCGUCAUGUAGGCUCCGCUUCUCAGACUUUGGAAAACAGAUCGGGUUUUGUCGGUGAAUUCUCGGGAGAUGGCAGAGUAGUUCGACCUGCGCCAGAUACUGAGCCAUCAUUAAGCACUUUGAUAAACACCCCGAAAGGUAAGAGCUAUCUUGAUGUACUUGAAUUGUAUUUCGACUUAACUUUAAUAGUCAUUUUUCUUUUACUAUGACGAGAUAUUUGGGUAGCCGUGGAGAAGUUAGCUGACUCGCAGGAAAAUGUUUCGUGACGUGCUGCUCCCAAGAAAUCCUGUCCCCCUCCCAGCUUUUCUUCCUAAAAUCUUGGCCUGUUUUAAUCGCAGCCUGAAUCGUCCUCAGCAAAAAAAUAAAUAAAUAUAUUGAUAUAGAAAUAUAAAGCCUCUCCAGGUGGAUUGUUUUUUAUUAUUUGUGAUGGGUUAGAUAAAUAGAGAUGCGUUCAAAUCGCAUUAAUUAAAUGUCUUUGGUCUACCACUGCGACUUUUCGUCUUUCACAAUCACAUCAGUCUCGCAACGUCGCGACAAGAUGUGACUUUGUAAGGAGUUUUGUCAUGCAAACAGUUUUUUGGGAGGGUCGUUCCUGCGUGAUCGUGUGUCUCAUCAUCCCCUGCUGAGCACUUUUAACAUCACAACCAAGGCGCAGGAGGGGGGGAGAGAGCCCACAACAUUGCUGAUCACACAGCAUUGUUUGCAAAGAGUUUGAUAUUGAGCUGGUUUUUCACACUAUGUAUGAUGUAACCUUUCCAGAAAAACCCAAAAGUGUAUGUUGACUUUAAUGGAGCAAACAGAUUGAAGGACACUUCAAUGUAAAGCCAGCAGAGCCGCUCAAAGGAAGGGUGCAAACUUCAUUACCAAGGUGUCAACUCUGGCUGAAAACAUUCAGAGAUAAUUGUGCAGAUUAAAAGAAGUGUGAAUGGGGAUGUCUCACACUCAAGUGUUGUUCCCCAGAAUCCACUCUUUGUGUCGGAGACUUGCUCUAACUAAAUUACAUUCCCACAUACUAAUCAGGAUUUUCUUCCCUUGUAGCCCGAGUGUCUGGGGAGCACUCCAUUGUGCAUUUGUUUUCCUGCGUAGUUUGUGUAAUUGAACACAACAAAGUCAAGCUUUCCCUAAUUGCAUUGCAUUCAAUUGACCACACUUUAUUGUUAAUGCACACCAGUCUGACAACCAGAGCUGGUGUCUAGAAAGUAGAUUGUUUAAUCAAUAUGAAUUUACCUCUUAAAAUGUAUUUAAACAUUAAUGACCUCCACCAGUUGAGGUUAUUUGUUCUCUGCUUCUCAAUCUCGAGAAUGUAACCCCAUAGCUGACCAGUCACCGGGGCUGGACCUCUUGGUGGGCGCCUGCUGUUCUCAGGGGGAGCUUGUGUCGUGGAGUCUGGCUGAUAAUGGUCAGAUAAAAAGCAGCCAGGCAGUCUGGGCUGAGACCGAAGCUCAACAGCAUGAGGAUCUUGAGGAUCCUGUUCUCAUGGAGCAGAUCAGAGCUUUCCUUAUUCUCUUGGGCUAACAGCAAUGUUAUUGUUUGGCUUUGGGAUGUUUCUUUGUUAAAAACAGCCUUUCAAAAGCAACCCAACCAGUCGAGCACUAAACUAACAGUUAAGACCUAACAAUUAGGGCCUGACUGAUAUGGAUUUUUUGGGGCCGAUUCAGAUUUUUUUUUUUGUGGGGGGGGUUGGAUAACCGAUUAAUCAGUGGAUUUUUAAAGUUUUUUAUGAAGUUCUUAAGAAUACAUAUAUACUGUAGAUAUCUACAGUAUCUACUUCCCCGCUGCCGAUCGGUGCCUCCGCGUCUUAACUCACGUUACUAAUUUCAGCACAGCGGGGAACAUCGUGAAGUGGGUUGAACUGAAACUUGUCGACUUACUGUGUAUUUCACAAACUGGUUUAUUUACCGUUGAGGCGGACCACUCUCCUCCGUGCGUCCCUGAGCUGCCUGCUCCAGAUCCGUCACUUUGCUGUGCUGUGAGGUAGUUAGUGGAUGGAGAUUGUCAUGAGGUCGCUGCGCCAUCUACAGGAUAAGUCAGGGAACUUUUCAAAUGGCGGAACAUUUUUGAAGUGAAACCGAAGCUUAUGCUCCGCAUUUUAUUUCUGAAAAUAUCUGCAAAAAUCGGUGAGUUUUGGCCGAUUACUGAUUAGUCUCAAACAGGCUAAAAUUGGCCGAUUAAUUGGGCUCGCCGAUAAAUCGGUCUGGCCCUACUAACAAUAGUGUCUCAACUAUUGAUCUCUGCAUUUAUAGACAGGAGGCUUUAAGUUUGUAAAAUAUAUUACUGAACAUUGUUUCUUUCAUUGAAUGUUUUCUUACUAGGGUGAGAAGAAGCAGGAUAACUACCUGAUACAUGUCUCAUUAUAGUGAUGGCAUUGUGGUGUGAGAAUUUAGGAAUCAUUGACACAUUUUAAGAUAAUCUACUACUAUAAAUAAUGCUGCUCAAUAUCUGAUUCACUGAAGAACUCAGGACCAUUGAAUGUCUCAGUAGUCAAGAGAUGUCUGCUAUUUCUGACACAUGAGAUGUCUGAACAUGUCUGAACUGUUUUAUUCAGAUUAAAUGCCUGACACACGCGGGGCUUGAACGGAUCCAUGGUAACAGUGAUUUUGGAAUCUCUGAUCAGAAAGGAAAAACUUGACACGCAUACACAGCAACUCAUGUCAUGCUGUUUUGUCUUAUUCCCACAACAAUAAAUGAUGUUAGCCAUCGAUUAAUAGUGGGAAGUACAUUUCUUACGGUCAUAGUUAUAUCCUGAAAUCUAAUUAUGUAGGUACAUCCUGUUUUUCUACCAGCUUUUACUGUUAUUUCUAGUUCAUUCAGAUCACUAAAUCACUUCUGAUCCCCCAAAUGAUGAGCAUUUGACUGAAUAAAUGUCUUUGUUGGAAGUUUUGUGAGGAAAGAGAUUCCAACUCGUACUCGGCAGAGUGCGAUAGUCAUUUCCCCCGCUUAUUCCAACAUUUUUACAGACUUGCUGCUUAAUCAAAAAAGAAACGUCUCAUCAGAUUAAGUGAUGCUGAAUAUAAUCACGAGAUGCAGCGGCAGAAGUGCUUUGAAACAAACUUUUGGAAAUAAGACUCUUUGAUCUCAAUCUGAAAGUUUUUGCCUCUCCCACGCAGAACUCAUUCAAGUUUUCACUGCUGCUCUUUCACUGGCUUCAGGGAUUCUCGUCUGUCUUUCUGGUGGGUAUUAUGUGUUUAAUUUGCCAACAGAGGUCUUAGCGUCUGAGAGAGAAAGAGGUGAGUGUGAGCAGCAGGAUGGGGGGUGUUUGUUGGGGUGGGGGGGCUCUGAUAGCAAUCAUUUCUCUGUGCUCAGUAAUUUGGCUGUCAGAAGCAGCUGGCAGUUUGGGUUGGAACAAUAUGCAAGCUCCCAAAAACCCUGAGAGAGUGUUUUAGAGAUGGGGGGAGGACUCUGUGUGUGUGUGUGUGAGAGUGUGUGUGUGUGUGUAUGCAUUUGUGUGGAAUCAGGUUACACAGUCUGUCAUUAGCAGGAGAAGCGCGGUUAUAAGACCAAGAUAGACUGCUUCAAGUCUGAGCAAGAAGAGUCGGAGGCUCCUUGUUACUCUAUGUAGGUGGCUCUCAAGUUGAGGGGAAAGGAGGGAGGGAAGAGGGGAGGGGACACUGUAUUCCUGCCUCUGUGUGUGUCUGUGUGUGUGUGUGUGUUUGGAAGAUGGUUCAUGAAUAGGUGUGUGGUUGCAGGUGGAAAAAGGGCAGCUGAGUCAAAGAAAAAAAGAUCCUGAGUUGAAGUUUGACUCAGAGGAGCGAUCUCCAGCUAUCUUUGCUAUGUCUGUGCCUUAUCUGUGUGUGUGUGUGUGUGUGGGUGCACGUGCAGCUUUGUGUUUAUACGCUGACUUAUCCUGGAAAGUUUGACUAGCAACAAACCUGGCAUGAAAUGAGGCAGCAGGCUGCGGAGGAAUACAGCAUGUGGGUUGAGAUUUUGCUUCUGCUCUGUGCUUGUGUCCAGCUUUUCAGAGAGAGGCCCUCUGUCUGCAGUGUUAUUUUUAGUCAGAAAUGAAAAAAAAAAAAAAGAAAUCCUUGAGCCUUUUAAUAAUCAUCAGCCUUGUGUAGCCAAAACAUAUCAUGAUGAGGAGAGCUGUCUGGGACUCGCGGGCACUGCAGUCUCAGCAUGACACAGGAAGUUAGAGAAGGGGAGAAAGAGAAUGAGAUAAAAGGGUUGCCUGUGUAUCUGCCAGAUUUUAGUCCUGCUCCCCUCCUCUUCUUCUUCUUCUUCAUCGUCGUCCUCUUCCACUUCCUGUUCUUCUGGUGGCUCUGCACGGACGUAUUGAUUUCUCUGUUUCUGUCUUUCAAUUUGGAUGGAGACCAGUGGAGACAGAGAGAAAGGAGACAAGACACUACUGUCUGCACAGAUGCUUGCACACACACACACUCAAGCACACACACACACACCCACACUCAUGCAGACAGAUCUGCAGUGCUCUCUCUCUAACCCCAGACUGCACCGGAGACAGUCUGCAAUACACAUUUUAUGAGCCCUUCACUCGCCUCAGUGCUCUUGUCUUAUCGCUCAGCUGUUAGUGAGGAAAGUUAUGGCUUUGUUUCUGUUGCUGCCUCUUCUCUCUGAUCUCAUUCCCAGACCCAGAAACAAGCUCUUAUUUGGUGCGGGCACCUUGUCCACAUAUCAGGAAUAACGUGUAUAUUAUCCCUGGGGUCAUGGGGUCAUAAAAUAACCAGAGUGGUGGUCAGGUUGUACAUUGGUGUCUUGCCACAGAAAAUAUACCAUGGAGGAAAUCUAUUCCUCUGUACUGGGCUUGAAUAAAGUAUGUAUAACAUUUUACUGACUUUAUACUAUACUGAAGAGGUUCAUUCGGCCUGUUGAUGGCAAAGUAGCCGAAACUUGUACAAAAUGUUUAAUUUUUUACCUUUCGGGCCUUUGUAGAUGAACCGUCUAAUGAAUUUAAUUGACUUUGUCUUGAAGGUAAGGAAGAAAAACAUGGUUUGAGUAAACACCAGGAGACAGUAGGAGCAUUAAAAGUUAAACUUUUUUUUAUCAAUAGAUGAAUUGAUAAUGAAUGUUGGUUGUCUAAACUUGGGAGCCAGCUAAAAGUUAGCUUAAAAAGGAAAUAGUUUGAAGAUUUAAGAUGAAGUGAUUCUUGGUAUUUUAGCUCAAUGAAUAAUUCAGCUCCAGUCAUUGAGUUUCUACAGAUCAAUUUUGCUCAGUUUUGUUGUGGGGAAAGUUAUGGCUUUGUUUCUGUUCGAUGUAAAAAUCCAUGAGAAAACACCAUCGUGUACAACCACAGCGAGACGCAAGGUGCCACACUGUCCAAGUUGGGUUUAAAUAACACUGAACAUGUGAGAUCUGUUUUUGCUUUAGUGAAGAAUUUUGAAACUUACUUUAAUACAGUUCAUUUUUCAGAAACUCACUUUCAAUUUGUGUUGAUUUUGGCGCCCCCUGAAGACAAAGCCAGCAUCUUGCAAAAAAGAAGCCACUGACUGCAAACGCUUUACACGUCCUCCAUGUCCUGUUUGAUGGUUAAUUCCCAGAAGGUGAAACAAGUUAGUUGUUGGGCUGUUUCAACAGCAGUGGCUCUCUGCUAUGGCGUCUUUAGAGCAACAUCCAUCUCUUGUGAACACUGCAUAUGUUCUUAUUGCGUAUGCGCUGUAUUAUCAUGUAGGCAUGUUUUGAUUGGUCCUUGCAAAAUAAGUGGCAUACUCAAAAUCGUGUUAAAACAACAACUAAGAUAUUACCUUGAAAAACAAUGUCAUGUUGUUGGAGUUGUUUGCUUUUGUAGCAUCAACGGUUUCCUAGCCACCAAAAAACUCCUCACAGGAGCCCAAACUAGAUCAGACCGACUUUAUUUUCAACAGAAUCCUCAUUGACCUCUGUAAUAAGAUGGUUCCAAGCUUCAGGCAACAACACAGCAGAGAGCCAUAAGAUAGUCAGGGGACUGCACUAGACUGAUUAAUGAUAAUCACCCACAUCAAUGUAUGAAGCCCUAAAUUCUCACCGCUUGUAUCUUUGAAGUUAGUUUAUUGGUGUUUUGCCUUCACAGUGUCAUCACCUGAAGGACAGAAACUCCCCGGCUGUAAAGCAUCCGCUGGCAGCAGGAUGUCAUCGCCCUGAGAAAAGUCCUUUUAACACGUCCAUUGUUCUGUUGCGAGCUGUUUGCUGAGUGAUUAUCAUCACUGCAGUGAAUGGCUCAGUUAGCAUAGCAAGGGUUACCUACAUCAUCGUCCCUGCUGUCUUGUUCUGUUAGCUCCGGCUCUGCUUGGUGUGUCACAGAAUCAUCACAGACUGAACGCUCUCUGAGCCUCGAACAGCUGUACCUACAUUAGUUGCUUCUUUCUGUCGUUUCUUGAGAAGAGAAAUGUGUUGUAAAGGUGUAGCGUGACACAAAUCAAGGUGUCCUUUGGAAAGAAGUAUUAACUAGGGCCGGUGAACUUUGUGAAGCGGUCCUUUGGUAGGGAGAGUGUUUGUGCAUUCCUCUGUUAGCAAACACUGCAGACAUAAAGACUGUUUGAACUAGCUCUUUCAGAAGUUUGAUGACUGUGUGAAAAUGCUUGUCUAAUUGCUAUGGUGACCAUCGCAGGGUGGACUUGUUAACAGUGUCUCCACUGGGCUGUUUAGUGGUGUCUUACAAGACUUCAAACAACUCAGAGGUACAACCUCAGAAGAUCACAAAAUCAUCUGUGGUUUAUCUCAUGAACAGGCUAGACUGUGUCAGGACAUAGAUCAUAUUUUCUGACUCACUUGCUGUUAAUAAGAGUUUAAAACUUUCCCAAAGCAUAUCACUGUCGUGUGAUUUCACAAAGAAAAACUUGAAACCAUGAUGAUCUGUUUUGUGUGUCAGAUUGGUGUUUUGAGUGAAAGGUAAAAGGAAGGGGGGGACUUGUGGGACUACAGCAGAAAGACAAGGUGACUAUUGUCUUUGAUUACAUUUGAUCCUAGCUGAAAACACUCUUCUGUGUGUGUGUGUGUGUUUGCUCACACCCUGGAUUGUAUCUAAGAAACAAAAAACCCACAAAGUUGUUGCCUACAACAGUAAACGUGUGAGUGAGAGCUGAACUUAGGGAGGAGGUUAUUUGCAUUUGGUUACACUCCUAUUAUCAUGUAAGGAGCAAACUACUGAGACACUGCAGGGCUCUGAGAGGGGGAUUCUUGCUGAACUGUAGGCCUGAUUUGUACUUCUGCAUUGAAUCUUAACUGUAGCACACACCAUAGGUUGUCAGAGUCCUGCACCAAUGCAGAAAUGUAACUAACAAUGCAGACUGCAAGUCCUGUGGCUGAUCAGCUGUGCUGCAUUGUAUUUUCUGCAUAUACAGCAUUUCUAUGAACACUGUACACCAACUUUAGUCUUGAAGUCACAAUGGUGUCCAUGCGUAAACAAGCAGAGACAAUAACUAAGGAUAUGUCGAGCUUAAAAGUUGCACUGCCUACUAGUGCAUGGGUGAAGUAUUGCAGAACGAUGCUGACACUCCAAAGCACAAGUAUGAAGCACUCAUGAAGAUGUCAGCCACUGCAAGCUAGCUAUGGCUUACAAUCACUGUCCGCUGAGGUAUAAACCAAGCUUUGAGACAACACAUUAAGAUGUAGGUAUCUCAAUGAAGCAGAUUUUUAAUAAUUUAUGUCAGAAGAAUCUGUAAGAUAUCAGCACAGGAUGAUGUGAGGAGACAAAACUAGUCUAAAACUCAAACUGGUCCAGUAGUAAUAUAUAAACACAGAGCUUUGACACAACACCAGACCAGCAUUUCAGGCUCAGACCAAUAAAACUAUGUGUAAUUGUUUUCACCAGGCAGUAAUUAUGUUGCCAAAUUCUAAGCGUGGUAAUGUUUGAUCAUGUCAUUAGCUUAGCUCGUACAUUCCUAAUAAGAACCGCAGCUUUACGAUCUUGACUUGGUUAUGAUUGAGAGAAUGUUUCUGAAAGAGCAAUCCCUCUGGUAGGGACUGAACAGAAGCAAACGCUGACUUGUUGUCCAGUUCGUGAUUGUUGAAAACCUGCAGUUUGUAGGCUCCUCCUCCUCUUCCUGACUGGAGUUGACCACCAUUAGUGUAAACCAGGGAUAUCUGUUCGUGUCAGACUUGGCAGGUUUGGUGACAGCGUGAUAGAAAGUUCAAAACCCGUUUUCUGCUCCUCUAUCAGAAAUUCACCACAUGCUUUGAAGGUUAAAUCACACAGCCUGGCACAGAUGUGGGGCACGAUUUUAUUAGACCCAUCUUGCAACAUGCGGCAUGCACUGAACCUGCAUGAUCACUGAUAUCACUCAACGUAUUGGAGCCUCAAGCCAAACAUCAACAAGCCGUCAGCUUGUCGACGAGAGCUUUUAGAUUCUAAAUUGGUUUGCCCUCAGGUGAUUUAGAGGUGACAACUUUUUCCAAGUACCAUCGUUUAAAGCUGUUUUCUGGGAAUUAAUAACUUUGGAUCGUGGGAAACGGUGGUACCUCUCUGGAGUGCACACCCUCAUAUUGUUGCUCAGAUUUCAUUUCAAUCUUACACAGAUGUUCGAAUCAUUAGUGUGCGCCAUUCUUUCUUUUAUAGACAAGAUUUAUUGGUCUCCUACAUAUUACUCUUGCAGUUGUGUCAAAUCUGAAUGUGUAUUUUCUCUAAAUAGGACUGUUCCCGGCUCAGGGUUCAGACUCAGAAUUAGCCCUUGGGGACGAAGCGCUCAUUUUCAAAAGUCUGCAGAGGAGACAAACUCUUUGAACAGUAGGGGUUCGAGAAAAAAUCAAUUCACAUAAGCAUUGCAACUUUCUGUUUAACAAUUUCUAAAACGAUUUUUUUUUUUUCAAAUUUAAGAAUUAUUCUUAAAAACUGAGUUACAUGUGAUAUGUAAUUUUUUUGGGAAAUAUGGUUCCUGGAAUAGUCAGUAGACAAUCAUAAUCAUUUAACUGUUUCACUGGUUUUAAAAAUGUAGACUUAAAUCAAGAAAAUAGACAUCAUAGAAUCGCAAUUUAAAUCGAAUUGGCAUCCAAUAAAUCGUAGAAGAAUUGAAUCGGGAGAAAAGCAUAACGUCCCAGCCCUAUUGAACAGCGUACUAUUUUACCUCUAAUACACACUAUUAUACAGUACUCAAAGGGAUAUUCUGUCGCAAAAUUAAGUAAGGGUCAAACACACCGUAACACCAAGUUAGACACCCUCAAGAGGUGAGUGUUGCCAAUUGCUUGCUUCCCUAGUUAUACCAACUUUUGUAAGGACCGCACGAUAGCAAUACUCAGUGGUCUAAGUAGCCAUAAACAAACCUCGACCAAAAAUCCACUCUAUAGCCACAAAUAAUGCUCAGAACAGCACCUAACUUCAUCAACAGUACAUAUAGGGUCCCAGCCAUAGUACUAGCCAUCAAACAUCUUUUUAACUUUCCCUAAUUCCUUUAGCAAAGAGACUAAACAAAACUCACCUACUCUCUUCCAGCGGCCGCUUGUUUGUGGGGGAGCAGCGGAUCAUUUCCUUGAAGUAAUAAUCAUCAUAAUAACCAUUUUGCACUGCAGACGCGGUAGUUCUUCUGCCUUAGCGUCUCUGUCUGAUUGCAUUUCCAUAAAGUCAUAAUCAUAAAUGUUCUUCCUUGAGCUGCGAAACUCCGCUGCACUCAGUGAUCGACUCGUCAGGGCUCCCCCACUAACAAGUGGCUGCUGGAGGCAACAUUCAUCUCUCGAGGGGGUUGUCUAACUCGCUGUUCCGGUGUGUUUGACCCUAACUUAAUUUUACGCCGGAAUAUCCCUUUAAGAUCUCAGACUAGCAUUUUCUUGGUAUUCAAGGUCAACUUUCUGUUGUUUUAACUUGAUAAUUAUAUAAGUUGUUGAAGGAUUUGAAUGAACUACCAGACCACAGUUAGGCAGCUGGUGUCAGUCCCCAAACUCUGCAGAAGGACAUCAGACAACAGUGAUUUGAACAUGAAACUGCUUUAGUCAGUGUUUAACCACUAUUAGUCACCGGUCCUGUUUGUUUUGGAGAGGAGGAGACCUCUGUGGAUAAUUUGGCUCUGGAUAAAAACCUCAUGAACAAUGACUGAACAAUUUGUGGCUUUUAAAGUUUACACCCUGUCAUGCUGUUGCUCUGGCUCUGCUCUGUGUAUAAUGAUGCAGCUGAAAAACAAACAUGCAGAGAUUCAGAGGACAAGUCUUGAAAUAAGAGUCUUUUCUGAGACUAAUAAUCAGAGCUGUCGUCUUGUUGAGGGCAGAUCGACUUGAAACCUCCUGAAAAUCUGCAUUUUUAUUCCAUUAGCUUAGUUUUAGUCAUCCCUGGUGUUGUGUUUGACUGUAGGCAGAUUAUGUUUUUCAGACGGAGCUGAAUGUGUUGAUUUGCUGAGCUGUAGUGUGAAUAUGAAUGUGGGCUGCUGCAGAGAGGAGGACUUCGCCCUCAGGUCUGUAUUAACACCCACAUGCACCUAAGAGCGAGCCAUCUGUGUGUCCCUGACGGCAUGCUGACUCUCUGGCUGUCUGGGUCUGGGGACGAGGACGGGGAACGGGGACACGCACACAGCAGGCUCUGCAUUGCCCCAGUCUCCGCCUGCUCCUUUCCUCGUGCUCCCUGCAGUUUUGCUGCAGUUUUUCUUCAGUGCCCGGGCUAUUUGUGCCAUGGUAACUGUGCCAGCAUGCCAGCUCAGACACAGAUUCCACCCCUUGUCUCCCUCUUCGCCAGCAUGAUGACUCAGCAGCUCCUGCAGGGCCUCCAGCCUCCUCCCUCCUCAACCUCGGUGAUACACCAGUGCUCAUCAGACAAAGUAGUGUUUUGUCAUUCUCUCCUUCGUCAUGACCUGAAUGCAAAACAGACCAAAAUAAAGAAGCAUCCAAGCAGACUAAAGAGGUUCUGUUUAUGUUUGAAAUUAAUUUGGACAAUCACUCCAGACUGUUGCCAAGAAGCACAAAAAAAGAGAUAAACUAUAAGAUCUAACAUGACACAUUUAGAUGUUGCCAUGUGGGCGGAAACAUGUACCGCCUCCUCCUAACAUGUUUUUAGAGCAACAUAACGGUCCACAUGUGUCUCUCCUUGGGUUCAGCCGGAUAAAUCACAGCGUUUGAGUGGCAUGUUUAAUCAUCUCCAUCUAAUCAUGUUAAGCUCUGCUCAGCUUCUUAAAGCGGUGCUUAUCGAGAUGGCCCUCUGGAGUGGGAUCACUGGAAAGAGUCUGGGAAGGAAAUGUGGCGUCAUAAAAUGGGAGCCUUGAUAUGUAGGAUCACUUUCAUGUCCCUCCAGCAGCGCUCAGCAGGAGUCAACCCUAACAUACUUUUCAGUCUAUUCCAACUAUUUCUCUCUGGGUUACACACACACACACACACGCACACACACAUACUCACAGACUUUGGCUGGCUUGUGCUGAGCUCAAUGUGGUUUCUGUAUUUCCAUGGGCAGGGUCAGUGCUUACGCACCUCAGAGGCAUCGAUACCACCAGCCAAAAUACCUGUGGCAGCACAAGUAUUUAGAUUAAUAACGUAGGUGAAAGGAUAAAGGGAAACUGUCAAUUCAAAGAUUUACACAGCUUUGAGUUAUUUUUUAAUUAAUUCAACAGAUUUUAAUGAGCGUAAACCACAAGUCCUGGUAGUGCACAGUAUCACCUUGUAAACAUGCUUGCAUAGUACAAAUGUUUCAUUAGUAUUCAGGUAUCUUCAUAUGACCAAAGGCGUAGUCUAAAGAGUUCAUUUGAAGUGAUGCUGUAUGACGUACGCAGCAUUAGUAAAAUUGCAUCUCGUAGAUAGCCGUCAGUAUGACUCCUCAUGAAAAGCUGUCUGGAGUUUGAUAUGCAAGCUAACUUAAUGCAAGCUAAUGGGGUUAUAUGUACCCUGUACUUUAAAGAGGCUCACAUAUGUGUAAAAGAUGGAUGGAGUAUGUGCUUUAUUGGUCAAAAUUCCCUAUGCUUCACUUGUGCACAGCAAAUUCAGAACUGGUUUCCAAUGCAGGGCUGUUUCUUCCUACUCUUGGUGCACCUGGUUGGUUAAGACCUCAUCAGCGCUCUGUAUUUCACAUGCCAGGGUUUCUCUCUCCUCGCUCCUCUCUUUUAGGUUCUUUCAUCCUUGUCCUCUCAUCUACAUCUCUUCUAACAGUGUUUGUUUCACCCUUUUUCUGGUUGUGGCAAUAAGAGCGAACUGUUGGCAUACUUGCACAUGACAAGUUUUGCACUUAAUCAAAAAAAUGUACACAGCCAACAUCACUCCUACUCCUUGCUACUUUGUUAGUACCUUAGUAAACACUGUUGUUGUGAUCAUGUGGGCUCUGCAUGCUAGAUCAGGGCACUGCUAGAUAGGGGUGCCGAAGCGAUGUCUGGAAUGGACUGCUUGUAUCAGAGUGCUGAUAUCGGAGAUUUUAGAUGCAGGUGGAUAAUAUCUAAUAUCAGUUUUUUUGCUAAUAUUGGACUGAUAUCCAUUAUCAAUAUUGUAUUGGGACAUCCCUAGAUGGCAGUGCUGCUUGUGCUGCAGUGGCCCCCUUAAUUCCAUUUCUUAGGCUAUGCAACUUAUAAGAAAGCCAAAAGCACAAGACUGAGCACUUGUCCUUUUUACUAGGGCUUGGGUAUCUGCAAAAAAACCCCAAAACAAAUGUACGAAAAUUGUUUCUAUAAUGUAAAAAACACAAGGUCUUUUUCCAGAAAUCUGGCAAAGUAGACUUUAAACUUGCGGGAACAAUUAUGCUUCUAGCGUUUCAAAACUGUACUCAAGCACAGUACUUAAUUUACUUUCCUAAGCUGCAAAAUGUGAGCCUGAGACACCUCCAAAUGGCGGCCAAUAUAAACUGCCUAACCUUUCCCAGAUUGAAAGAGGGAGGAGAAGUGAAGGAAUCAUCACAAUGCAGAGUAAAACAAACAACUUACUCAUAGUCACACAGUAAAAAUAACAUUUGGCCACCCUCUUUGAGCUUGGUAAAAAUGCUGCUUGAAUCACACUCGAGUAAGACCCAUUAGACUUUUGGUCCCAACAGCAAUAAACAUAAGAGAGUAAGCUAUAAAUACCAUGUGGUAUUUAUACUGGUUUCCUAUUACAGCUCCGCAUCGGAGGGUAAAGGAAGAGGGAAUAAAAGGAAAGAUGGGGGUUGAGACAGAUAGAGAGGGGGAAAUGAGAGCACACCCUUGGCAGGAUGUCAGCUCCGUGAACACACACACACACACACACACACACACACACACACACACUGCAGAGCUCUGCCAGAGAAUUCAAUACGCAGGGAUAGAGAGCUGCAACAAACGCACACACACAGACACACACAACUUCAUACACACAGCGGCAUGAAGUUGUCUGCUCAGAUCGCAAUCGGUUCUGCAGAUGCUCUCGCCCUGCCUCUCUCCUUUCCAAGAAUCCCUUCUGAGGUUUCCAAUAUCAGGACGAGUCCUAGCUGCGCGUUCGUUUGACAAAGCCGUUAGCUAACGUGAUGAUUCGUGACGUCGACCUCUGCCUCGUGCGUUGAUGUAUGCGGAGCGAGUAUGUGUCGCACAGAAUCUGUGCAAAAUGAAAAAAGCAGGAGUAAACUUAGUGCUCUGCGGCUGGAAAGGCCCACAAGACUCUGCAGCACAUAUAGGCGGUAAUAUUUGCUGUGUGCAUACAGUAACUGCAAACUCCUAACAGUGCAACUUAGCUGCUUCUUUGGCUCCCACUCACUUUAUGAUAGCUUAUUUAAGACAAAGUGUCUGCGUGGGAGAGAUAAACAGAGACAGGGAUGAUUGAAGUGCCCCGUCGAGGGUCUUUCUGCAGUAAAUGUAAACAAAAAAGCAGCAAAUCAUUUACCUACACUAAUUGAAGCCAUUAAACAGAGCCCCAUGACAUGCUCUACUUAGUUAAUUGAGGUGAGUUAUUGAUCUGUCAGCAGUGUGUGUAUCUGUGUGUGUGUGUGUGAGGAUAUGUGCUCGUUCUCCAUGACUGAUAUAUGAGUCAAUAUGAAGAUAACCAGACAGACUGAAUCACUUCUUUCCUCAGCUCCAGACUAUCCAGACUAUUGUUCUUCUGCUUAUCUCUUUAUCCCGCUUCCCUCCAGCCCCCUGGCGUCAUCCGACUGCCCCCUCCCUGCCCCACCCCACCCCUACCAGCAUGGUGCCCUUCUUCCCGCUGUCCCCCCUGGGCACCGACACCAGACACCUCCUUGUCCCACUUCCCUUCGUUUAGCCCACCUCGACGCUGCAGCACACGUUGGCCCUGUUCUCUGCCCUUCUCUGACCCACUGUCCCCCAGUUGCCCCUUGGCUACACACCUCCCUCGCCUCCUCAUGCCCUCCUGCGCGCUCCCCUGCCUGCUCCUCCCUCACUCCUCUCGCAGACAGAGCUCCUGAUUAUCUCUGUGUGGCAGCCUCUGUUUUGUGCUCUGAUUAAAGGAGCAGCAUGUGGUCUGUGUGCGAGCGGCCCGUACAGACGCCGCCGUUGGGCUAAUGCUAACAUUACGUGCUUAAUCAUUUAUGUCUGGGAGACGGGCACAAAGGCCUAGAGGGGGUGGAGGUACAAGUAAGGGAGGGAGGGGGGUGUGCUUGGGUGUUUUUCUGUGGCACAGAUGCACUCAGGCGCUCACACACAUGCUUCCAAGAUAACAUCCUGGCAUAAACAGGGUGCGCUGUGGGCAACGGCGUCUCCUCAAAACUCACAGAUCAUCCCAGUUAUGAGAUGGGUAGUCGUUCUCUGGAGUUUACAGUGUGAGUUAAACUGGUCGUCUGCUAAAAUGUGUCACUGGGUAAAGCAAACAAACAAACAGAGCUGCAUGGCGUAUGUGGGCACUCCUACAGACGCAUUAAAUAUUGAAGGAUCAGACUGUCUCCAGGUCUCUAAACGAUAGUAUUUGGGCACCCACACUCAUUCUCCCUGCUCCUCUUCUUCUUCCUCCUCCUCCUCCUCCUCCUCCUCUUCUCUUUCGUCUGUCUGCUCCUCUCCCCUCACACUGCCAAGCAGCCUGUCCCUCCAGCACAUACACACACAUCACCACACACACCCACAUGCACGCACAGAGGCAGCCAAUAGGAGAGCACCAGUCUCCCCAUUGCUUGCCACUCAAUGCCUUGUUGCCAGGACAACAGGAAGGCAUGAGACCCACUUUACUUGAGCAUUUUAAACUUGGUGUUGACUCUUUUUUUCUUCCCAAAAUAAGAAAGGCCCCUCUCUGUCAAACUGCUCUCUCUAAUACUCUUAGGUCGGCUGCAAAUCCCGUCCUUAUCUGUCUCAGUCUCGUGGUUCUCUGUCUCGCUGCAUGCUACUACCCCAAAAACAUCUUUGAGAAAUAUAUCCUUGAGCUCCCUGCAUUACAAACAAAUGUGAUCCCUGACUCUUCAUGCAGCUGUGACACUUUCUAACCCCUAAUGUGUGUCUGUUUUUUCUCCUUCUAGGUCUACAAUGACGGUCGGGGGCGUGCCUCUCUUGGUCCUGAUCAUCCUGGUCCUUCCCUGCUCCACUUUGGAGGGUAAGCGUCGUUUCACAAAACACAGCUUGUCACAUCAGACCUUGAGGGGGGAGCGCCGGCUUCGAGACAGGAUCUGCUUUUAACUUAGCUUUUUCCCCGCUACAUCUGAAUGUUGAAAAACGCCGAGUCAUCAGCCCUGUUUCAAAAAGAACAAAGGAAAUCGGCGGGUCAGACACUCACUUGAAGUCUCAAACACAUGCAGGAGAGAAAGAGAUCCAUGUCUGUUUUCCCCCCGUUUCUUUUUAACUCAAGUAAACACACCCACCAUCGCUCAGCCUCUGUGUGUCUCUGUGUCCCCCUUAAGUCUCUCACAGGCAUAAACCAAAAAUUUGCACAUUUUUUUUUCUCUUCUCGCCGCCCCUCCUCAGUCUGUCUGCCUCUCAUCUGCUGUCUCUCAGUGUUAUUUUAAACAACUGCAGUGGCUGAGGAAUGCGGUGGAAAGUGGAGCUUUUAUGGGCCGGCUAGCCUCACUUUCUCCACACUUACAAAAAUGAUACAUACGUCCACAUUCAAGAGGGAGGGAGGGCGCAAAACAUGUUAAAGCUUAUGAAAAAUUCAGUCCAUAUCUCCUGGUUCAACUGUUUGGAGACCAUGUCCUAGAUAUUUGAGGGAAUACUGAAAACUGGCCCUUUAUAGCAACAUGGGUAUCCUUUAGACCACCAGCUUUGUAGUCGUGACAACAAACCUUGAAUCUUAACCCUAGCCCUUCACUCCAGACUAGUCCCUGCAUGAAUAAACGUCCUGAACACUGACUGUGCACACCUGAUUCAAAUGAUUAGCUCGUUAUUAAGCCAUUACAGAGCUUUAUAACGAGCUGAUCACUUGAAUCAGGUGUGUUGGAGCAGGGAAACAUCCAAAACAUGCAGGACAGUGGGCCUCGAGGACUGGACUUGAGAACCACUGCCCUAACUGAUAUUUCUGGAGGUAUAAAUUGUAAAUGAAGCAGGGUGCUAGUUGACCCAGUGAUUUAAGCUGCGCCCCAUGAACAGAGGUGAUAGUCUACCUCACAGUGGUCACUGUUUUGGCUGCGGGCUGCAGCACUCUGCUCUCUCGGUGUCCUAUCCAGUAAAAGCAAAAGUAGAUACUAGGGCUGGGCGAUAUGGCCUCAAAUCAAUAUCACGAUAUAUUAGGCACUUCACCUCGAUAAUGAUUAAUGGAUGAUAACUACUCAACAAGCUGCUCACUCCCUCCUACAUUAACUUUUGUUUACUUCAGCCGCCGCUCCUGCUGCUACAACUUUCUAACUGUCCUCCAUCUCCUCACCUGUCGUUCCCUCUUUGUUACGGACUGGAUGGGGUGGAGUCACGCUUUAAAGGGACAUGAGACAAUAGCCUACCUACACACAUCCAAAACCAACUUUUAUUUAUUUAUUUAUUUGACACCAAAAAUACUGAAAUAGGCAAAAUGACAUUGGUUAUUGUCGUAAAAUUUGGUAUUGGUAGAUUUUCGGUUUAUUGCCCAGCCCUAGUAGAUACAGAGAUAGUUAGAAAGAUGGAUAGACUGAUCCAAUCAGGUUGAAAAUAAAGAGUACUGGGCUUUGUGAGGUGCAUCAAUGCCCUCCAUUCUUUCCUAAUGUGAAGAAGCACUCACUCCAUCUUUGCAACAUCACUAUGCCAUCACUACGCCUUUGUACAUUGCAGUAAGAUCACUGAAGGUGUCAAAUCAAGUCCUCCUCUCCCUCCCUCUGACUGCUGUCAGUGCACAAGUUUGGAGUCCAAGUUUGAGUCAUCAGCACUCAAGUCCAAAACUGGAGCCAGACUGGAGUCAGAAUCAAGCAACAGUGCUCCCAUAUACCCCUAAAAAGCCAGACAUUUGAGCUCUUUGUAGCGCUACACUUCUGCUCCUCUGACAAUCUAAUCAAACACCCUGCAUGUCUGGAUGUCGUCUGGAUGUCAUGAUUUUUCUAAAACUGGAAAAGAUCAGGGAGGAGCCGAGGAGUAACUCAGAGAGCUGCUUUGAAAAAUGCAGACUUUUUGUAACAUAUCUGAACUUCCCAGUCUUCCUCUGUAAUGAAGAAGUUUUACUGUUAGAACUCAAUGAAUGUUUUUAAAGUAGACUUUUACUAAUGUUGAUGUCUCAUUAUCAGUAGUUCUAUUUUCUGUUGUAUCCUUUUUUUGUUUAUGAAGCUCUCAAUAUCAUUGCCGCUUAUUAUUCUUCUGGGUGGGUUAGGCUGAAAACUAGGGUUGUCCUGUUUAAACUUUUUUACUGCUGAUAUGAUACAGAUAUUGUAGACUUCAGUAUUAGCCGAUACCGAUAUUGAACCGAUAUUAGCACAAAAUUGUGCAUGACAAGUUUUGCACUAAGCUGCAACGUCUUUUUUGGAAUUAAACAGAAAAUACUGCUACACAUCAGUCCUACUCCUUGUUAGUACCUUAGUACACACUGUUGUUGUGAUCAUGUGGGCUCUACAUGUUAGAUCCGGGUGCAGCUAGAUAGAGGUGCUGGAGUGGAGUCUGGAAUGGACUGCUUGUAUCAGAGUGCUGAUAUCGGAGAUUUUAGAUGCAGGCCAAUUUAAUUCAAUAUUCUUUUUUUUUUGCUGAUAUCGUACCGAUAUCCGUUAUCAAUAUUGUAUCAGGACACACCUUCUGAAAACUGUUUAAAACUUUUUUCUGUAAUAUGCUGAACCAUCAGUGUAGAUCAGAGACUCCAGAACAGGAGAAGUGAAUGAACAGUCAGUUUUUCUAAAGCCUGCACUUCUUUAUGAAAAGAAUAAUGACAUAAAAAAGAUCACAAUUCAUUUUCAUCAAUAAAUCCUGACAUGUCUCAUCACUCUUUUUCUCUGUUGCAGGUGAUGUCGGUGUGAAACACUCUCAAUGUGUGUGUGAAGGAGCUUCCUGCAGCAGUGGGGACCGAUGUGUGGGCCAGCAGUGCUUCACUUCCCUCUCCAUCCAGAACGGGACUUCGGUUCUUCAGAGGGGCUGCACUGGAGCUGAUGAGGAAGGGUCCCCACGCUGCGGAAGUCCACCAACGACGGAGCUGCAGGUGGAGUGCUGCUCUGGGGAUUUGUGUAACAUGAACGUUACGUUGCAGUCACGAGUCAAAGGUAAGCUGUGUUUUCCUCACUGCACCAUCAUACUCUUGAAAAAGCUGGAUUUUCCUCUCUCAGUCCCUUGGUUGUGGUCCAAUAUCAUGUUUUCUAAAACACAGACAAAAAAAGAAAGUUUCAUUUCGCCAAUAACAGUCGUCUACUUUCAUAUCUCACUGAAUUCUAUUUAUUUGUCAUAUCUGUGUUGGUGUUUUUUUCCCGACACUUCAGAGGCUGCUGAAAAACAAGCCUACCACUAUAUUUCAGGGGGGAAACCUCAAAAUAAAUCAGAUAACUGCCCACAAUCCCUUUCUGCAGAGUUCUUUAUCAGUCAGCAGGAUCAGCUGCAUUUCCAUUUUGACUCUGUUAUGUUGUUCAAAUCAGCAUCACAACAGUACAACAUGUACAAAUCUUCAAAAGUGAUAAAGUUAACUUGAUUGGCCCUUUCAGCUCACUUACAGAGACCAUAUUUCCAACUCCUUCUGACCUAAGUGAGUGCCAUUUAAUUUAAUGGGAUACUAAUGGUUUGACUCUAAUGGUUUUCUCCGUAUCUCUGUUGCCUUUUAUCAGAUACAGAACCGUCUGCUGGCAGACCGGUCCUCAGGGAGCAGGAGUGUGCGUGCGAGGGCAGUGAGUGCGAGCGUGACCGUCGCUGCUCGGGCCAGCACUGCUUCUCUUCGCUGAAGACGAUUGAUGGGGUGGCCGUCCAACAGAAGGGCUGCCUGAGGGACGAUGAGGAGGGUAGAGCCACCUGUGCCACGCCACCCUCAUCGGCCCACGUUGUCAAGUGCUGCCAGGGCCAUCUGUGUAACAUGAACGUCACUGUGCACGCUCCGGGGAGAGGUGACUUUGUACACAUUGUGCACAUUCCUCCUGGCUGCCAUUCAUUACAGACCUUAUGUCACUCACAGUCAUUCUAGUCUUAUGACAAAACCCAUCAUUAAUAUGGAUUUUUAAGCAUUUUUAUAGUGAUGCAGGAGAGACCGUGGUAAUUUAUUCACUGGCAGUAUCUCCUUUCUGACUCUUUUGCAGAGGCGGAGGGAAAGCCCCUGAUCAAAGAGGAGCACGAGUGUGUGUGUGAGGGCAGCUCAUGCGUAACAGGGAAGCGCUGCAUGGGCCACCAGUGUUUCUCCUCGCUGACGGUCAGUGGCGGCUCCCUGGUGUACCAGAAAGGCUGCUUUAAGGUCUACGAGCAGAGCACACUGACCUGCAAGACUCCACCUUCCAGAGACCAGAUUGUGGAGUGCUGCCACGGGCACCUGUGUAACAUGAACAGCACGGUGCAGCUUCCUGUUAAAGGUACAGUACUUUACUGCCCAGAAUGAAGACUACAGUGGGUAGUUAUCUUUUUUUCAUACUUAAGGUCCUUACACACGGGAACGAAUAUAGAACGCAAAAUUACCAAAUAUUCGGAGGUGAAUUUUGAUGGGCCUGACUAUACACAUCAAGACCGAUGCGAUUUUGCAUUUUCCGGGGGGGGAAAGACUUAUUUAUUUAUUUUGACACCAAAUAUAUUGACAUGGGCAGAAUGACGUUGGUUAUUGUCGUGAAGUUCGGUAUCAGUAAAUUUUCGGUUUAUCGCCCACCCCUACAUAGAGAUUUUGUUUUCUUUUUUUGUUGUUUUUAACUUUAUUAGUCGCUAAAUGUGCUUUUAGUUAUUGUGUGUGGGAUAGGGUCAGAUAUUGAAUUGAUCUGAGAACUUUCACUGCCUUUUGUUUUGCAAAAAGAGCAAAAAUCAUCUUGAUUUCUCUUUGUUUAGUUGCCCAGUUAGUCGUACCCCUUUUGCCUGGUGCAUUGAGUUUAAAUUUAGUGAGUUUCUACAAUAUGUUUCUCUGUGAGUGUUAAGGAGAAGCAGUUCAUUAUAUGAGUUGAGAGAAGGGGAUCAUUGUCUGGACUUCAGGCCGAGCUGAGCCGUCUUUUCCUUGGAAUGUCUGGAAAGUGUGAAUGGUGGUCAGUUCUUCAGGCCCGGCCCCUGGUGACUUGAUGAGAUCCACUCUGUGUGUGAACGUGUGAAUGCUCAUGCUUGUGUUUGCCCUACAAUCGCCCCAACACUCUGACAGUUUCUGAAGGAGGUCUGCAGGGCGCUACAAGCUUGUGAAUUGUGGAUCCCAGGGCCUUAGUUAAAAGAAAGACAAGUCCUCCUCAACAAUCAAAACUAUGAUGGUCUUUUCUGAAAUCAUCUCUGUUGUUUCUUUCAUACCCUGUAACUCCACAAACUCCUGACAUUGUACUUUUUCCUCUUCUCUUUCAGCUGAUGAGCUUCCCAACUACAGCGUGACCACACUGGCUCUGGUUAUCGUGGGACCCAUCAUCGCUCUCAUCAUCUUCUCUGCCAUUGCAAUCCUGGUGUUCAGACGCAUCCAUCACAACCAAAUGGAGAGACUAACUUCACGAGAUGCAGAAUAUGGAACUAUUGACGGUCUGAUCGCGUCCAACGUGGGGGAGAGCACUCUGGCGGUGAGUGGUGAAUACCAUGUAGGAGGAUUUCUCCGAAACUCAUUAGAAAGAAUCGUAGAGCGCUGCACAAGGGAGACCGAUUAUCAGAACAGUGUCUGCAGUGUCAGACCACUUCAGAUGAAAGAAUAAAACCAUUUGCUGGGUUUGUUUUGACACUAAAACAGGACAAGUUUGGUUCCUCAGGGGCCAAAUGUGGAAACAUUUGAUACCAAAAGUGUGUUGGUUUUACUUUUUGUAUCGGGACUUUGCACUUUGAGCUGAAGUCUGGACUUGAUAAUGGUUUUAUGGAACACUAGAUUAAUAGGAUCAUGAUCAGUAAAAAAGCUUCCUGGAAUAGCUAGAGGUUCAAGUGAUACCUUCUCUAAGUGGAGUUGAUGCCCCACACUCUCCUAGUUUGUUACCCAGAAUUCAUUUUUCCUGAAUUCCCAGUUUGGAAUCAAUAAAGCACAUCUAUUAAUCCAGUGGUUCUCAAGUCCAGUCCUCGAGGCCCACUGUCCUGCAUGUUUUGGAUGUUUCCCUGCUCCAACACACCUGAUUCAUAUGAUCAGCUCGUUAUCAAUCUCUGUAAUGGCUUAAUAACGAGCUAAUCAUUUGAAUCAGGUGUGUUGGAGCAGGGAAACAUGCAGAACAUACAGGACAGUGGGCCUCGAGGACUGGACUUGAGAACCACUGGAUUAAUCCCAUGUCUUCUUAUAUAAACCUUUCAGAUUUUUCUGGAAUUAAGGUCACAAUAUUCUUUUAACACUUCUUAGCCUCUCUCAACUCAACUUUACUCUUCAAGCGGACAAUUAAAAGCAGUGGCAAACAUUGAUAAUCAAAACUCUUGUUGUUAGACCUGUCAUGACUUUAUACAAACGUGUUUUCGUUUGCGGUUUUGUUGUGUCACCCUUUAUGUACGUAUGGAGACACUCUUCAAAGUUGCUCUGGAGCGCAAGGGUGUGAUUUAUCUAAAAUGAUGUGUUGCAGUCACUCCAGGGCUGAGGUGACGUGAUAAAGCAGUGUUUUGCUUAGAUUAGUUGGGACUUCCGGCCCUUUGUACUCUCAUGCUCUACUUCCCACAAGAUAAUAUACAGUAGAGACACAAAGGCAUGCUCAACCCUGUUUGACUCUUUUUUUUUUUAUUAUCUAGAUUUGUGAUCAAAGCGUUUUUGUGAUGGCUCUGACAUAAAGAGUUAAGUCUUAUUUAAGACAACUUGGAGCAGUUCAAAGAGGGAGGAGAAACCUUUUUAGAGGAAACAGAUAAACUUCCCCUGUGAAAACAAAAAGAUGAAACUUUCAGCCAGGGCAAAAUGAAGCUGUUAGACUGAACUAAAUGCUGUGAAGUUAUUAACUGUUAUCUAUUUAUCCAAAUGGCUCCUCAGGUUCUCGAUACGAUACGAUACGAUACGAUACAAUACACUUUAUUGUCCCCUUAGGGAAAUCUGUCUUGGACUCCAAGAGCUGCACAAUACCUCAUAAAUGUUAUAUCUGUUAUAACCUGUUAUAUCUCAUUAAUGUCUCAUGGGAACAUCAGGGAAUCUUAAAACAAUCAGUUUAAAGUUGCUGGAGACACAUUAAAGGAGUAAAACCGUUAAUUCAGUGCUCCAAAAUUCUCUCAAACUUUCUCUUCGGCUCAGUAAAUGUUUUAAAAACUAGAUAAUGCACUCAAAAAACACACUAGUGAUUUAAGCCUUAAUAUCUUAUAGUGCUUAGUCACAUUGGGGUCAAGGCCUGUCUCCAAAAAUAAUAAAAUUCAGUAGGGCAGACUUCUGAACUUAGUGUACUUUCAGGAUCAUAAUCCCAGGGGUAUUUGGUAAUUCUAAUCUAAAAGCAUUGAAAGCUGUGUGCAUAAUGGCUGCAUAUGCAUCAAGUGUGUUUGUGUGUGUGUGUGUGCUGGAGUUGAACUCUUUCAAACUUGUUUUGCAUCUUCUCAGUCAUUUUUCCAGUCUGUGAAGGAAUGUCUUUUUCGCUGUUUAUUUUCUCUCCGCUCAAGCGUGGACGUUAAGCUUUCUGCAGAGCGGUUUCUGUUUGGAGAGCCACUAAACUGAUCCAGAGUUUAGGUGGAGUCUUGUGGUUAGCUUUCAGUCUGAAAGUCAACCCAGCACAUUCACUGGCUCACACACACCAUGUAAUCAGGUUCAGCAGAAACUGCACAUAGUCUAGUUUCUACCCAGAUAAAGUACCUGACUGUUACUGUCCAUACAGGCAUUUUAAAGCUUUUGUUUCGACUGUGGCUUUAUCAGUUAACAUGGAGCCUUUUUUAUGAGCAUGUCUAAAACUCAGAUGAUGUAGUUUCUCUUUUAAGAAUUAAAACCUGCAAAUGAGUGGUCAUCAUGAUCCAUUGGCUGUGUGAAUGAGAAAAAGCAGCUGAUUUUGGCUUCCAGUCGAGUUAUUUCCAAAGUCUUUCAAUGCACUCAGCAAUAAAUACCCCAAAUAUGGAACCGCAGAAUGUUUGUGUCAGUAUAAUUAAGAAGUUCUUGGCAGGAUCAUGAGAAAGGUUAUUAGGAACAGCGGCGUGGCUGCGAAAAGCAAAUCAGACUGAAACACAUGUGCUUGUCCCUCAGCAGCCCACUGCCCAGAACUCGUCACUGAUUAUUCUGAUAAUAUUACUCUGCGUUCUGAUUCAGCUGGCCCAAAUAUGCCCUCCUAAAAACAAUCCUCCUGUACCAAAGAGAGGGAUUUCAACUCUCUGCAGAAAAACUCCUCGUUCAGCUGAUGCUCUCUUGUAUUCCUGUGUUGUGAUUCCAAAUUGUCUCUCAGGCACCUCUUGCAUUAUGCAUCUGUUUAUCCGAGGCAUCACUCUUCUCUCUUGUUUUCAGUCCCCUUUCUCCCCCUUCCUAGUUUGGUGGUUUGUUUUGCUCAGCUGCAGCCGACUCUCUUGCAGUGCACUGCCACCUUGUGUCAGCUUCAAGAAGCUGCAUGUCUCCUAGCUGAGGUAAAAAUAAAAGGCUUAGCAGCAUUGCGCCUGUUUUGGAGUCUAGCCCUUGGAUUAGAUAAAAUCUCCAGCGCCUACACCAGUCACAGGAGAGGGGGUGGCACUUCUGUUGUUUACUCAGCAGGGGGCACCCUGCACCUUCAGCACAGACACACACACCCACACCCACACAAACAAUAUCCUGGUGCACACUCAGCGUGCCCCCCUCUUUUCCACUCAUGGGUGCCACAUCAAAGGCCUGCUCGCAUUAAUCUCCAUCUGAGUCCCAGAUGCUCCUUAUUUCAUCAUUUUUAAAGGCCCAAGUCCCUGGAGUCCUUUGGGAAGGUUUCCAUUCAGAGAGCUUACCUGGAAAUACACACACACACUCCCUCGCACACGCACACACGUGUGUGUUAAUAUCCAAGUCCUUUACACUGUUUUUUUGUUUCCUUUUUUCCAGGAUCUGCUGGAUCAUUCCUGCACGUCAGGGAGCGGCUCUGGACUCCCUUUCCUCGUCCAAAGAACCGUUGCACGACAAAUCACACUCAAUGAGUGUGUGGGUAAGUGUCCUGCUAAAGGCUGUUUUCAAACUGACAAUAGCGCCCCCUCACAAAAUGCUGCCUCUUCAUUCAUUUCAAUAAAGGCACUCUGACUGUGCUGACACAGUGGAAACAUGCAAGAAAUGCUGCAAAGUCUCACCAAAUAGGUGACUCAUCGCAUUUUAAGCCUCAGUAUAGCUGCUGGAACAAUCUGUCAAAGACAGAUACAGUUUUCUUUGGGGUCGUUUCAAUUAUCAUAUGCAAAACAAAUGUAUGCAAUACUCCUCGGUGUUGUAUGAUCCUACUUUUAGCUUCUUGUACAUUGACACAGUUGCAAGAAGUUGCAAACUAAACACUCUUGCAUACACCUUACUACAAAUUAAGCAGACACAGAUUUGUACUCUGCCUCAUUUGUACUAAAAAGAAAAAGUUUCAAAGAUGACCAAAGACAUGCCACAGAGGGGCUGUAAUCUUCAACAAAUACUCACUUUAAAAAAAAAAAACAAAGUCAUUGCAAAACUGUGCUGUGAGGAUAUUAAACUAUUGGACUAUUACGACAGUAUCAGCAAUCCUGUUUUAUUAAGCAAUUUCCCUCAGACAAAACAAAAUUGCACAAACUUUAUUUCAAGACUGACUUUAGUGUGUUAAGUGUCAGAGAAAUGAUCAACAUCAACAGCGCGCCUUUUUAUGCCUCAAGUGUUGCCAUGGUUAUCAGUGUUGAGAGUUAUGUCACUUGAGUUUAGAUGAAGUUUUCUCCCUUCUCUUCUGCGUCACUCUUAAACUGUUGGGGUUGGUAAAUACUUACUCUCAGAACGUGCCAACAAAUCAAAGUGGUAUGUUUUUAUUUACACUCAUCAUAAAGGGAGGUUGACAUUUACACAGACACCACCAUGUCAUCGCACAUGACUGCAAACUGUUGCCAAUUUACACAUCAUGUAGCUACACGCGCACUCAUGUUGGUUUAGUUUUCUGGCAGCCGGACAAACUCGCUCUGAUUCUUAUUUGGCUGUUACAUUAGUGUCAUUUCUUUCAACUGCAGACAAAGACUCUCACAUGUAAACAUUAACCCUUUCGCCUGAAUUUGUGGUACUUUCUUGCAUUUACUCUCUGAAUAGGGUAUUUUCCUCCUUAUAUGUUCUCACAAAGAGAAAAACAGCAUCUUAUAAGUCUGUUUCUAUUUAUUCUUCUUGGUAAUUUCUUCACUUUUUUUUGUCCACCAGGUAAGGGACGUUACGGUGAAGUGUGGAGAGGUCAGUGGCAGGGCGAGAGUGUCGCUGUCAAAAUCUUCUCCUCUAGAGACGAGAAGUCCUGGUUCAGAGAGACUGAGAUCUACAACACAGUGCUGCUGAGGCACGAGAACAUCCUAGGUAUGUACCUGGUGUAACUUCUAUCACAGUAAUUUUUAAAUCCUGCUGUCACCAUGCUAGGACACUUUCAAACACUAUUUUAAGUAACCAUCCUAAACACCUUCAUGCUUCUUCAGAGUGUCUGAUCAGACUUAUAGAGGUCAUUACUUUUUGUUGGAGUAGAGAUUGUUCAUUGAUUCUUGCUUUGUCUUGUUGAUACUGUAAGUAGACAGAAUGUAAUGUUGUGAGGUUUUAAACUAGGUUAGAACCCAACGGGAUAGAAGUAUCCACCAGUGAGAGAAAGUUGAAGAGAAUAAUAUUCAUUUUAGUAUUUCUCCUUAUGAGGUGCUUUACGGAAAAAAAGGAACAACGCCGGAAUAAAAACAAUACAGUUAUAAAAUAUUCAAUCAAAGAUGUUGUUUGAAAAACCAGUAUUGUUGUAUGAAAUGAUUCAUAGUCAGCCUUCAAUUCGACAAAGGUUAAUCAAAGUUUAAAAUAUUAUAAUGACUAUCAACGACCCAAUUACCUUUGGUCAUAGUUUACAGGAGUGAGCUUUACAAGCACUGAAAUUGGAGAUCAAUACAAUCUUAAAACCAGCUUAGUCUAUAAAGGCCGCCAGGGUAGUGUGACAGUAUUUCUUGGUGUCUGUUAAAAUUAGAAGACCUUACAUCAUGAAGUUGCCAUGUGCCUCAUGAACAGACCAUAUUUUUAAAGAGUAUAAUCUUAGCAGAAGGCCUUUAAUAACUUUAUUUUUAGAAUCACAAGUGUUAAUAAAGCUUUUUUUGUCAUUACAAGACAUCUUUUAAGACGUGUUUUCAUUUGUCUAGAAAUAUAAUGGAGUCAUCUCUUGUGUAAAUCUUCUUCCUCCCGCCUUUCUCUGUUUUGUCAUGUAUUGCCAUGUCUAAACAGAUGGUCAUCCUAUUAAUGCCUUCAUAUUUUUUCAUUCAGGCUUCAUAGCCUCAGACAUGACCUCCAGGAACUCCAGCACUCAGUUAUGGCUGAUCACUCACUUCCACGAGAUGGGCUCCUUAUACGACUAUCUCCAGCUCAGCACUCUCGAUGCAUCCGGCUGCCUCCGCAUGGCGCUCUCCAUUGCCAGCGGCUUGGCUCACCUCCAUGUUGAGAUCUUUGGCACUCAGGGCAAACCCGCCAUCGCCCACCGUGACCUGAAGAGCAAAAAUAUACUGGUUAAAAAGAAUGGACAGUGCUGCAUCGCUGACCUGGGUGAGGAAACUGAUCACACUUGAUAUCCUUGUGUUUUGAUUUCCUUUCUCCUUCCAAGCCCCUAAUUAUAAAGCCUAAACUCAUUUUUUCCCCCCAGGAAGUAAGAAAGGUGUAUUUUGAACUAAUCUCUGAACUCGUGUCUAUUUGCUUUGCUGUAUUUGUUGUUGAUUUAGCAGGAACAACCACUGCUGAUGGUACCACUCAGCCACUAAUCAAAAGCACAUUUAGAGCUGCUCAGACCACUUUAUCUAAAACACCAAUGUUCCAAUUGCAAAUGCUUCAAUCAGAAAUAAUUCACGAACAAGCCCUAACCUGGCGACAGGCUUGACAUGUUUACAAAUUCGAUUUAAUACACUCUGCUCUGGAUGACGCAUUUCAGGCGCGGUAACGCUGGUUUGUCUCCAAAGCAAGUUGUUCUUUAGUCUGAGAACAUCCUGUGUAAGAGAAAAGCACUGAUCAUGACAAACAGGUAGUGGCUUUUAAACUGGUUGAUAUAGUGGGUUCUUCUUUUCCCACUCACAACAUUUCAAAUGAAACUCUCUUUAAUAAUAUGCUUGACUUGCUUUUACUUCUUUGGUUUGAAGACUUACUGAGCAGAAUUAAGCGUGGACACUUGAGCAUAAUUACACCGUAAUGUCAGUCCAAAACAAUGAUUAACUUCCAUGCAAAAUAACUAAUGUUGAAUGUUGAAUCUAGUUUAAUUAGCCCUAGAAAUUAGAUUUUCUGAUCAUAGAUGGACGUCUCGAGUUAAGUUACACUUCUAAAAAUAAUAAUAAUCAUUUUAAAAGCUGCAUACUUGGACUUUGAAGAUUUAAGAAAAGAGAAAACGACAAAUCUGAAUCAUUCUGCUGGUUUGUGUUUCCAUUCUAGGACUGGCAGUCAUGCAUUUCCAAGACACCAAUGAGUUAGAUGUGGGAAACAACCCUAAAGUGGGCACAAAGCGAUACAUGGCCCCUGAAGUGCUAGACGACUCCAUCCAGAUGGACUGCUUUGAGUCCUACAAGAGGGUGGACAUCUGGGCCCUGGGCCUCGUCUUGUGGGAGAUUGCCAGGAGGACGGUCAGCAAUGGUCAGUAUCAAAUCGUUACAGCGUGCACAUGUUGGAUUCAGAGUUGUCCUGUGUUAUAUGUGCUAGUUUUAUUUCUCUGCUGAAGUGUUGGGCUUCUUUAUGACCUGAAUACAAUAGACCUUGUGUCACGGGUGAAGAUUAUGUCAAUAAUUUAGAUCAUGUGUUAGUUUCAUAGUCAGACUUCAUGUACUUCUGCUGCUGAAACAAUAGCCUUGGUACCAGCUUCAGUGGUCCCUGACUGUAGUCUGUAGAGAGGCCUCUCCAGUAAUAAAUCCUAACUCUUUCAUCCUGUGCCAAACAGGUUUAUCAUUUUAUUGUGGGAACCGGGCUUUCAGCUACACUUAAGAUAUUGAUUUACCCUCUGACACCAUGAUCUCAUAUCUCUAUUUUGUCCUGUGGCUGCACUUGAGAGCAAGAUAAGGAAAAAAGGGCCUCCUCGACACUUUGUGAAUCCCUUUUGAUGCGCCUUAAUGAAUCCUAUUUCAUUCUUGCAGAGCACUUUUGCUUCGCUCCUGGCUUGAGUUUGUGAUUUCUAAAAAAUGAACCGCCUCUCACUCUGCUCCGCUUGUAGGCAUCGUGGAAGACUACAAGCCACCUUUUCAUGAUGUGGUCCCGACUGAUCCCAGCUUUGAGGAUAUGAAGAAGGUGGUGUGCGUGGACCAGCAGAGGCCAAACAUCCCCAACAGAUGGUUUUCAGACCCAGUGAGUAAUAUUCACAAAGCCUGUUAUUUAUUCCUAGCCGUGGAGUAAUAUCAUUAAUAUUGUAACAUAUGUGAUACUUACACAGAUUUAACACCUCUUUUUUUCAGACUUUAACCUCCAUGGCUAAACUCAUGAAGGAGUGCUGGUACCAGAACCCAUCGGCCAGAUUAACAGCGUUACGCAUCAAAAAGACUCUCACAAAGAUCGACAACUCUCUGGACAAAAUCAAAACAGACAUUUGAGCCUGACCCAAGAGAAAGAGGUGGACUAAGAAAGGCCUUUGAGGACUCCCAGAGGGUGGACCAUUAUCGGAGAAAAUCUCAAGAAAAAGAGACUUGAUGGUUUGUGUGCCCUUAUAGUGGCACAGACCGACAUAUUUAUUUUAAAACACUUGGCGGGACACAUUUUGGCAUCCAAAGAUGGCUUACCGGACAUUUCUGAGACUGCCAGUGGUCUUGGAAAUAGAAAAAUAUCUAUUCAAUCAGUGACAUAGGAGCUGGGUUGUUAGCAUUGUUCUUCAAGGAAGAAACUGUUACCUGAGCAUUUGAGUAGAUUUGCUUUUGUUAGAACAGCAGGAUUUGUUUGACACCUUUUUUAGUUUGAAAAUGUCUGAACAUAUUAACAGUUUAUCUCUUUAAUUGUACGGCCUUGUUUACUUGCAUUAUGGUGGAGUCAUUUGGAUAAAAAAAAUUGCCAAUUCAACUUGCAUACUUUGUUAACAGUGAUCUCAGCAAACAGUGUUAUGUUUCCUUCGUGUGUCAUGCACCUCUGUUUACAGUUCUGUAGGUUUUUCUCGGGAUUUCUCACCCACUCUGUAACAUUUAGUUGUACAGCUGCGUCAGUGGCGCUGUCUUUUCCAGAAAUAUCUCCAACUUAAGGUACUCUGUUGCAAACCGUUUUGUAUAUCACUAUGGACUUUACGUUGAAUUUAUGUACCUGUUCUAUGUUUUGUUUCUUCAGCUUUACAGAGACAAAUGCUAAAAGAACAAAUAAAAUAUCUGCUAGGUGAUGCUGAACUCUAUUCCUCCAGAGGCCUGUAAGUAAGCCUGUAAAGCCUGUAUACUGUCUUAACGCGUGCAUUGUCAAGUAAAUGAAGUCAAACUUCAGCCUUUUUUAUUUCUUUAACAUUUUAUAUCAAUUAGUGAUUUAUAUUAAUUAAAUAGAAAAAAUGUGUUA